CUGAAGCAUCCACCAUUACCCUUUUCCCGGAAACAUCGCAAUAUUGAUUCACUCUGAAAAAUGGGACAAUACUACAAGAUGCUGAACAUCGACAAGAGAGAGACGUUGGAGUUUAGCUCUUCGAAAUUUUGGGACGUACUGUCCAGGGAUGACCCCACUCGGCUGAUUCGGAUGUUAGCAAUUCCUCGAAAGCUCGAGCCGUAUGGACCUGUCAGUGUGAACAAACGCGGUCUUAGCACGGACACUCGCGACCUUGGUGCACCGGAUCUACCGUAUGACGUUCUGCACCAUAUAUUCAGCAAGAUCUACUCCAAGGACAUCAAGGAUGCCGUUUACCUCGCCCUCACGAAUUCAUUGCUACGUGACCUCGGGCAGAAGCGCGUCAAUGAAGAGUUGGUGUCGGGCGAAUACCAUGCCCCAUGGUACAGUGAACGCCUCAUCCUAGUCGGCGAAAACGUUGACGGCGAUGACCUACCUGCCGAUAUGUUGCUGGAAGACGAGAAGGAGGAACUCGCCGGUAAUGCCAUUGUGGAUGACGACCCGUUCGUUCUCGCCUCUACAAUGCAGACAGAUUCUACCAUGACGACAGGAGACUGCCGUUUCUCUGGAGCGCCAAGUUUCACCAGUACAACACCAGGCCUGUCUUCUGCGGAACGCGAGGAAAUGGAACUAUUGGUGGAGGAAGAUUCUAUUGGGACGGAAAUCCUGCGACCGAGUGGAUUCUGUACAACUGGACAACUUCCGAAUAUGGAGACCUGGGACGACGCAACGGACAAGGUCAUAAACGAGGUCAUGGAUAUAUGGAGGCAUGUGUUGCCACGGCGUAUACUGGACAAACUCCCAGCCAGCAAACAUACGGUCAAAUGA